AUGUCGAGAGAAGAUAUUCCGGUCGUAAAUGAUCCCAGACGGAACGGUCAAAAUGCUUCUAUCAACGAUAUACCUACAUUGGAUAAUGAGGUGAGAGCAGAGCUCCGAAAGUACGGCGAACCCAUCACUCUCUUUGGAGAAGGCCCUCCAGAAAGACGUGAACGUCUACUACGGUUCGUACAAGAAAGACCACACACGGAAUUUGAAUUCGCUGAAAUAGAAGAAAGCGGAAGCGACGCAAUUACCAGUGAUGAAGAAGAGGAGGAAGAAUUUUAUACCCCAGGCAGCGAGGAGUUGGAACAAGCACGCAAGAGUAUUCUACGAUCCUCUGUCGACAAGGCCAUCGCCAGGGUCACCAAGCAAAAGACAGAGGCAAAAGCAUACAAUUCAUUCAAGACGCUCAAACACAGGCGACACAUUAACCUGAUUCUCGGUGAAUACGAGUUGAAUGGUACCAAUGUGCUAAAAGGGAACACUCGUGCUAUCUCAUCGGUACGGGUCAAUGGAGACAACACAUUAAUUGCAUGUGGUUCCUGGGACGGAAAUGUUUACCUCCUAAAAAAAGAUGACGAGUUUAAUCUUGUUCAGGUCGGAAAACUGGGCCAUGGAUACCAUUCAGAGAAAGUGGGUGCGCUCGAUUGGCACCCUACUAACCACUCCUUGGUCGCAUCUGGUGGAGCUGAAGGCUCAAUUAACAUUUGGAAUUAUGAUAAUGAGGAUGUUUUAAAACCGCAAUUAAGACUAAAAAACGCCAGUGAAGGUAGAAUACCCAAACUUGCUUUCCAUCCAAGUGGGAACUACUUGGCAAAUACAUCGUUUGACCAAACGUGGAAAUUGUGGGAUAUCACGAAAGAGCAGGAAUUGCUAGAGCAGGAGGGCCACCUGAAGGAAGUUUUUGCCUGUGCAAUGCACCCAGACGGUAGUCUAAUAGCCACAGGUGAUCUUGACGGUAUUGGCAGAGUAUGGGACUUGCGAUCUGGAAGGUCGAUUGCAAUACUAGAAGGGCACAUACAAGGCAUCUACUCCAUGGAUUGGUCAUCAAACGGGUACCAUUUGGCUUCAGCAAGUGGGGAUUGCUCCACCAGAAUUUGGGAUUUGCGUAAACUUUCCAAUGCAAACGAUAAAACGGAAUUGUUCCUGAUACCAGCACAUACAAAGCUUGUGAGUGAAGUGAGGUUUUUCCUGGGUCAUGACAGCUCGCUAGCCACGCAAGUCACCGAUGAGAAUGAUGAAAAUGCCUCAAGGUUGAGCACAACGGGCACGUUUCUUGCAACGAGCUCGUAUGAUGGAACGGUAAAACUUUGGUCAGCUGAUAACUGGAUUAAUGUACGGACCCUUAAGGGCCAUAACGAUAAAGUCAUGAGUUGUGAUAUAGGAAAGGAUGGGCAGUACAUAGUCAGUUGUGGCUGGGACCGUACGGUGAAGACAUGGUCCAAGAUAUAG